AGCAGCGGCGGCGGCGGCUCCUCGGUGCAGAGGGGGAAACUCCGCGGGCUCCAAGCAAGAAUAAUGCGGUAGCAAGGCGGGCUGCUUGCUCCCGGCUCUGGCAUUAGCGGCGUCAGUCCGAGCAGCGGCAGCGGCAUCACUCCAGGCGCUGACAGCCCGGGCCGGCUCCCUCGCUGACUGCCGACUGUCAAUGGAGCUGGAAAACAUCGUGGCCAACACGGUGUUGCUGAAAGCCCGGGAAGGGGGUGGAGGAAAGCGCAAAGGGAAAAGCAAGAAGUGGAAGGAAAUCCUGAAGUUUCCUCACAUCAGCCAGUGUGAAGACCUCCGAAGGACCAUAGACAGAGAUUACUGCAGUCUAUGUGACAAGCAACCAAUUGGGAGACUGCUUUUUCGACAGUUCUGUGAAACCAGGCCUGGGCUGGAAUGCUACAUUCAGUUUCUGGACUUAGUGGCAGACUAUGAAGUUACUCCAGAUGAAAAACUUGGAGAGAAGGGGAAGGAAAUAAUGACCAAGUACCUCACUCCAAAGUCCCCAGUCUUCAUCGCCCAAGUUGGCCAGGACCUGGUCUCCCAGAUAGAGACGAAGCUCCUGCAGAGGCCCUGCAAGGAACUCUUCUCUGCUUGUGCUCAGUCUGUCCAUGACUACUUGAAGGGAGACCCCUUCCAUGAGUACCUGGACAGCAUGUAUUUUGACCGUUUUCUGCAGUGGAAAUGGUUAGAAAGGCAACCAGUAACCAAAAACACUUUCCGGCAGUACCGAGUUCUGGGCAAAGGGGGCUUUGGAGAGGUCUGUGCCUGUCAGGUCCGGGCCACAGGUAAAAUGUAUGCUUGCAAACGCCUAGAGAAGAAGAGGAUCAAAAAGAGGAAAGGAGAGUCCAUGGCACUCAAUGAGAAGCAGAUUCUUGAGAAGGUCAACAGCCAGUUUGUGGUCAACCUGGCCUAUGCCUAUGAGACCAAAGAUGCUCUGUGCCUGGUCCUGACCAUCAUGAAUGGGGGUGACCUGAAGUUUCACAUCUACAACAUGGGGAACCCUGGCUUUGAGGAAGAACGAGCCUUGUUUUAUGCAGCUGAGAUCCUCUGUGGCCUGGAAGACUUACACCGUGAGAAUACUGUCUAUAGAGAUCUGAAACCAGAAAACAUCCUGCUGGAUGAUUAUGGCCACAUUAGGAUCUCAGACCUGGGACUGGCCGUGAAGAUCCCUGAGGGAGACCUUAUCCGAGGCCGGGUGGGCACUGUUGGCUACAUGGCCCCAGAAGUCCUGAACAACCAGCGAUAUGGCCUGAGCCCUGACUAUUGGGGCCUGGGCUGUCUCAUCUAUGAGAUGAUUGAGGGCCAGUCACCAUUUCGAGGCCGCAAGGAGAAGGUUAAGCGGGAAGAGGUGGAUCGCCGGGUGCUGGAGACUGAGGAGGUGUACUCCCCCAAGUUCUCUGAAGAGGCCAAGUCCAUCUGCAACAUGCUGCUCACCAAAGACUCGAAGCAGAGGCUGGGCUGCCAGGAGGAGGGGGCUGCUGAGGUCAAGAGGCACCCCUUCUUCAGGAACAUGAACUUUAAGCGCCUGGAGGCUGGGAUGUUGGACCCUCCCUUCGUUCCAGAUCCCCGGGCUGUGUACUGCAAGGAUGUGCUGGACAUCGAGCAGUUCUCCACUGUGAAAGGCGUCAACCUGGACCAAACGGAUGAUGACUUCUACUCUAAGUUCUCCACAGGCUCUGUGCCAAUCCCAUGGCAAAAUGAGAUGAUCGAAACAGAAUGCUUCAAGGAGCUGAAUGUGUUUGGACCCAAUGGUACCCUCUCACCAGACCUGAACAGAAGUCAGCCUCCAGAACCUCCAAAGAAAGGGCUGUUUCACAGGCUCUUCAGGCGUCAGCAUCAGAACAAUUCCAAGAGUUCACCCACUUCUAAGACCAGUUGUAACCACCUCGUAAAUUCAAACCACAUCAGUUCAAACUCCACUGGAAGCAGCUAAUUUCAGCUCUGGCCUUGAAGUCCAAGGUGGAACCAACUCAGACCCUUCUACCUGGAAGCAGAACUUGUAGCUGAUAGAGCUUCCACUGUGGCUGCAUAGCCAGGAGAGCUCCCCUGGGAACUGGGAUAGGAUACUGUUCACCCCAACAACAAGCCUCCAAGUUUCUCAAAGAAAUUUCCACUCAGGUCUGUUUUCCAAGGUGGCCCCAAGCUGGGGUGGACUAGAAUUGUCCUCGUUGAGCAUUGCAAUAGAAACCCAAUGGGAUAUGACAGCUUGCACAGAUUUUAAUAGCAUCCUAACUAGAACUGAAUUUUGUCUUUAUUAUUUUUAAAGGAAAGUUUUGUAAAUUUCUCUAUUGUCUCCGUUUACAUUUUGUAUAUUUGUAUUUAAAUGAAAGUCAGACUUUAAGGGUGUAUAUUUUCUGUGUAGCCACUGUUAAGCCAUGUGUUUUAAGACAUUUAGAUGGGGGGGGGGUUACAAAAAAUGUGACUCUAGACUUCCAGAACAUCAAAAGAGAAAAUGUUUUUAUUAAAUGUAGAAAAUGUUUCACCUUUUACCUUUAAAGACCUGAUUACAUCUACCUGUACCCAUCUCUCUAACCUUCCCUCAGUGUAGCUAUCACUCUCCUGUUGACUUGUAAUAAUCUGAAUGAAAUGCCAAAAUACACUUGGGACAUCCCUCCCCUAAACACUCUCUAUGGGGUAGGACCUCAUUGGUAAGAAUACUUCUGUGGGCAGCAUUUGACAUUGCAGCUUCUCUUGUCCUCCUGCUGUUGGACAUCUAGCGUGCAGGGCAGGGAAUCCUAAGUCAUUGGGCUGCAGAUCUUGGCUGAUAAAGCUGGUGGUUUUCAAGAGGUUUCUGUUGUAUUUGGGAAUUUUUAUUAUAUAUUAUUUUUAGUAGUUUGUACUGAUGAUAAGAACCAGUCUUGGAAACCCAAGUGUUCCCAACCAUGGGACUAUGGAGAAGUGUGAAUUUGGGGUCCAUCAUGAGUGACUACCUCUGUGCCUGUUUAGGCCUUGGCUGGUCAGUAAAGUGAUCACCAGAUCAUGACACCUUCAUGGGGCCCCACAGACUUGUUGGCUCGUGUGACAUGAAGAAAGUCAUCUUUCCAGGCAAAUGGGAUGCCUAAGAAGAAACUGAGGCACCAGUGAAGUGCAAGACAAUCUCAUUGUCACUUCCCAAGGAGAGCUGGGCCAGAGGCUGGUUCUAACUGGGCAUCUCAAAGUUACAGGCACAAGUCACUCCUGGAAGACUUGACAGACUUCCCUUUCCAGCCCUGGGGAGUUGUGGCCUAGCCCCUGAUAUCCCAGGAGGUGACAAGUUACAGAUUUACCCUCACCUUCUAACCAGGACAGGGUGAUCAGCUAGUCUCACUGCUCCCCUGGGAGAAGGAGGCUCUGAGUUUGACUCUGCUUCAAAAUUUGUCUCAGCCACCAACUACUGGGGUUUCUUACAGGAUGAGCCAGGUGCUACCUGAAUCAGCUCCUAUUAAAAUGCAGAUUCCUGGGCCACACCCCAAGCCUAUUACUUGCUGAUUUUAUUUUAUAGUUCAGGCUGAUCUCAAAUUAAAAAUCUUCCUGCCUCAGCCUCCUGAGUGCUAGGAUUUGAUGGCAAGUGCAUACUACCAUGAAAUCUACAUCUUUCCUAAGCUACUCAGACCCUUCUGAUGCCCCGUAGUAUGGCCAUUCCAAAUGUGUUUUUCUGAGGGACCUGACAACUUUGGAGCUUGAACCUGUCAGGAGGAGAAUCCCAAGCAUGUAGACCUCGUAUCUUUGAAUCCAAGCUCUCCCAGGGCUUACUGCUAGAAAGGAGCCUGAUUUGGGGGACUAUUUAUUCUGAAGUCAGUUAACCAUGAGAGAGGAAACAGCUAGGCUCUAUGGAACAUGAUUAACCUCAAGCCUGGCCCUCUGGCUGCUCCUAAACCUUUCUUGGGCUGAAUAUGAAGCAAAUGCAAAAGACCAUAUCCAGGUUCUAUUGGGGAGCAGGACACUUGGUACUUCCAGAUCGUCAAGCCUGUUGCUCAUGCUUCUUCCUUGAAGAAAAGAAGAACUGUCAUCCUUCUGGGAUGGCCACCAGCCCCAGCCACACACAACUCCUGCCUGCUUUUCACACGAUUGUUUCUAGUUCCCACCCACAGCCAUGUAACCCUUGUCAGGUGGGUAGCUGUUAAGAAACAGUUUCUCCUUAGGCCUCAAAAUCAAGGCAAUGUCCAUUUGCAGCAAAGAAUCCCCAGGAAGCUAAACAGAUAGCACAAGUCUGGCUACCAUGUGUUACCGUCAUGAGGUCCUGAAAGAUCUGUGCACUGAAAUGUACCUGAGUGCCUGUGGGAGGUAGGAGUAGUCACGUGAUUCGGUCUUUUAGUUUGUUUUGGCCUACUCAUGGCUUCAUAACAAGAAACAGUGCCUGAAAAGUGGCCCUCCUCCCUGACUGAGUCUUCCUCCUGCCUUUGUUAGCUGCAUUUUUUUUAAGUUUUUUGUUUUUGUUUUUAAAUGAAAAUAAACCCUCUGCCCUUUCCAGGAGAAAGUGUAUGUGAACAAUGAUGACUGUUGUGUAUGUGAGCUCUUGAUUUUCUGGGGAUGAUAUUUAGGGUCGUCCCCCCUCCAAAGGGUUUAAUGGACAAUUUUAAGUCAGAAUGAUUAUAGCAGAGGCCACCUUUCCAGGAAGAUGAUGUGUAUCCUCUACUCAUUCUUGAGCCUGAACUGCAAGGCUCCAAGUUCACUCACCUGCCUAGGGGCUGAGUCUGCAGCCAUGGGGCUGGUCUCUGAAAUGUGUUGUUUUCUGGGAGGGCCAAGGCAGCAAGAAGCCUGCCACACAGACCCAGGCAGGUAGCUCCAGUAAUACGCACUGGCCCAUGAUGUUUCUGAUGAGUUCAUAUGCAUGGCACUUCUUUGCUUUAGAGGCACAAGUAAGAUGCCUGCUUCAGAGCUGAGGCCAGCCACUGAGAAAGCUGAGGCUGAGAAGUUUCCAUGCUUCUCCAAGGAACUUAGCCCCAAUAUUAAAAUCUAUUAUUUUCUUCUGGACCAAGUACUUUCUUGAAAGACUGGCUCUACUUUCCAGCAAAUUAACUGGGCUACUAACCUCAACACAGAGCAGGCAAUGCAGCCUCCUGGAGCCUGGUAUUCUAAGCCUUGACAAAGGGAAUGGUGACAGCUUCUUGGACAACUAGAGGUCCCAAGAGGAAAAGAAAAAGCUAAUCCAAACAACACUGGGAUCUUCUAUUGGGCUAUUGUGUGUCUGCUUUACUGGUUGUAUCCUCAUCCCCUCCCAACUGUCUCCCAUCUUCAUAACCCAAUACCCUGAAAUAGGACCUUUGAACUUAGGUCUUGCUAUGGAAAGGCAAUAUAAAGUCUCUUCCUCCAGACUAUAGUUGGAAAGCCUCACCCUGGCCCACUUUCUGUACCUGUUUGUACAACCAGCCACAUAGGUAGUGAAGCUGACAGGUUUGUAGGCCAGAUUCUGCACAGGCACAUAAAGUGCCUCCUCUGGCCCAAACUGAAAAGUCUUGACUCAGGACAGUGAUUUAACAUGUGACAAGCUAGCUCACCCUAGGAAAGAAGUAUCAUUCACCCUAAAGGAAGAUGCUGGGCAUUGGGCAUUUUUCCAUUUCAUCGACCCACCAUUCCUAUAAUAGAUCACAAGUAAAUGUCCAUUAGAAGGGCAUUGUGGCUACUGGCAUUGUUAUAAUAAUAACUCUAGUAUCCAAAGGUUCUCAUUUUUUUUCCAGGGAUAUUUUAGCAUUAAUGAAUGAAUGUGGUUCCAUCUUGGAGGUUAUUCUCAAUGAUAACAGCUUCUGUUAUGCUGCUGUGAACCUCUCAUGUUCCAUUCACUAUGUCACAGUGCCACCGUGUCUAGCCACAACCACUGUUGUU